GCAGCUCUACUGGCUGCGGAGUGCAGGAGGGAUGAGGGUUCCUAGGGGGUUGGUUCCCCGAAGGAAACGCGCUCACCGUGAUCCUCAGGUCACCAGUGCCGCCGCCCGCAGCAACCCUCUGAGGAGGAUUGGAACGAGGCAGCGGCACUGGGACUCCGCCCCUUUGCAGGAACUGGAGUCUAGACCGCAACUCCGAGACGGUCAUCUUCCCACAAUGGGUACAUGACUCGUCCACAAACGCCGCCUCAGCGUGCCUUAAGCCCAAGCACACGAUACAGCGUUGGUGACCAUCCCGAGGCGCCAGGCAACGACCGCAUCCAGCAGCACACAAGUAGAACGACAUCUUUAAAAAGACGCGAACUACUCGUGUAAGCUCUUUCAGGGACUAACUCUCUCAGUGCCGAAGCACGCAGGGGAAAGCCGCUGCAGCACAGACAGGGAAUGUGCAGCCUGUCGUGUGCACUCUCUUUGCAGACGCUGCUCUUACCAGCUGUAAGAACAGCCUUUUAGCGCUCUUAAAGCGCACCGUCACCAGCCGUGAAAACGGCCUUCACGCUGAUACACAGCUUUUUUUUUUUUGCUCAAAUAAAAAAGGCAAAAACGAAAGCAAAGAAGAAAAAAUCGGCCCCGCUGCUGUGCUGUUCCUCCUGCACCGGACGAGAAGAGCAGUCAGAGAGAGAGCUGGCUCGUUGAAGUCCGUUCUUCAAACACUCGCUCGUAGAAACCACCGUGUUUGCUCAGUAGUUCGGCUCCGAAGCGAAAAGCUGAAGAUGCAACGCACCUGCUGCUCAUUAUAUACCCGCGCUGCGAGGCGAGCAGCUGAUGCAGAUGAUUGCAUGCCAAUGUGCAUUGGCUCGUUUAGUUACACUCGAAGUAGAUUGGCCUCUCUGGCGAGAUUCCUAUUCGUCGGUCUGUCCGACGUACGUCGAACGUGACCGACUGAAUGGGAACUGGUAUUUCCUGUAUUAUUCAUGUUUUAGGUGACAAUAGUGUAAAAGUGAAAAUUAAAGAUUGUGUUCCUGCCUGUCUAAGUGGGUCCAUGAACUUCGGCAUUAUAAAGGUGACUAUUUCCUGCUGUAACUCAGACCAGUGUAACCUCCAAGAUGCUCCAGAUCCCAACCCCAAUGGAAAGAAAUGUUACUAUUGCGAUGAGAAGAGCUGCUCAAAAACAGUGAGCUGUUCAGGUAACGAAGACCACUGUAUUAAAGCAACAGAGACUUCUGGAGGCCAGUCAGUGGUGGGAAAAGGCUGUGCCUCUAAAUCCAUGUGUGAUGCCACAGCAUCAGUUCCUGGUGUUGCGAGAAUCUCAUGUUGUGAUGGGAACCUGUGUAAUGGUGCUCAGAGUGUCUCCCAGAGCUUCCUGUUCCUCUGCUGUUCUCUGCUCUCCUACUUCCUGCUCCACUGAAUCCAGCAGCUCUUCAUCCUACAAUCAGACACACUGUACUGAAUAUAAAGCUUGUAUUUUCUCUGAACUAUCUUUGGUGGUCUUAUGUGAUGAACUGAAAAGUAUACUGGAAAUUGCAGGAAACGGUACAUCAUCAGCUUGUUUCUGUUUAUAUUUAAUAAAGCUUGUCAAGUUGUAAAGAUAUCUGAUAUACUCCAAUAAAGUGAUCAUAAAAUAAA